CUUCAAGCACCAGCACAAGAUGGCUUCCACAAAGGACUCACACUCUGGUUCAUGCAACAAAUGUUACCUUGUCUUGGUUAAUGGAAAUUAACUGGAGAUUAAUCCACAUAGCUAAAGACAAACCUUUCAACUCAGGACAUAUGAGAAAUAUUGACAUAUUACUUCCUAACUAUAAUUUUAGCACACGAUCAGGCUAACAAUCAUCUCCACUGUUUUAUUGGUUUGCCUCAAUUAAAUUGAAGUACGGCGUAUCAUUUGAUGGUAAAGUAUCAUUGUUUAAAUUGGCGUCAGCAUGUCAGCAAAUAUCAGCGCUGAAGAGAUCAAGGAGAUCGAGGAGGGCUUCCAGAAAGUGGAUGUGGAUGGUAAUGGGUACAUCUGCGCCUCUGAACUUGGUGAUCUGUUCCGUGAGGUGGGCUGUCCUCUGCCUGGUUACCAGAUCAGAGAACUCCUUAAGAAGCUGGACAGAGACAAUGACAGCCACGUCGACAUUAAAGAGUUUUCUGCUAUUUUCUUGGAGAUGAAGGACGACCGCAUGGCUCAGGGUUUCAGGAAAGCUCUGAACAAGAAAGAAGGCAUCGUAGCCAUCGGGGGCACCAGCGAGAUCUCUAGUGAAGGAACUCAGCAUUCAAUCUCUGAGCAGGAGCGCUUUGCCUUCGCCAACUACAUCAACUCUGCUUUGGCGGACGAUCCGGACUGUAAACACGUCCUGCCCAUCAACCCCGAAACUGAAGCUCUGUUUAAAGCAGUGGCAGACGGCAUCAUACUUUGUAAACUCAUCAACCUCUCUGUUGCCGACACCAUUGAUGAGAGAACCAUCAAUAAAAAGAAACUCACAGCUUUCACCACACAGGAGAAUCUGAACUUGGCUCUGAAUUCUGCCUCGGCCAUCGGCUGCCAAGUCGUCAACAUCGGAGCUCAGGAUCUGAAGGAGGGAAAACCUCACCUGGUGCUUGGACUCCUCUGGCAGAUUAUCAAGAUCGGACUGUUCGCUGAUAUAGAGCUGAGCCGCAAUGAAGCUAUAGCCGCGCUGCUGCAGGAAGGGGAGAGUUUGGAAGAGUUGAUGAAACUCAGUCCUGAAGAGCUGCUGCUGCGCUGGGCCAAUUUCCAUUUAAAGAAAGUCGGCAUGUCCAUAUCGAACUUUUCUGGAGAUAUUAAGGACUCCAAGGCGUACUUCCACCUGCUUGAGCAGAUUGCUCCAGACGGCACCAAAGAGGACGUUCCAAGGAUUGAUGUCGACAUGAGUGGUGUUUAUGAGAAGGAUUCCAUGAAGAGAGCAGAUUGUAUGCUCGAACAGGCCGACCGCCUCGGCUGCCGACAGUUUGUCACCGCCACUGAUGUCGUGUCUGGAAACUCGAAGCUCAACAUGGCCUUCGUAGCCACGCUCUUCAACAAACACCCGGCUCUCACCAAACCAGAGAACCAAGAAUGGAUUGUGGAGAGCGAGACCAGAGAGGAGAGAACUUUCAGAAACUGGAUGAACUCUCUUGGCGUGAAUCCACAUGUUCACUAUAUCUAUGGAGAUCUGAUGGAUGCCAUGGUGAUUCUCCAGCUUUAUGAAAAGAUUAAGGUGAAAGUGGACUGGGACAGAGUCAACAUCCCUCCAUUCAAGGGAGUAGGAGGAGGGCAUUUAAAAAAGAGGGAAAACUGUGCCUAUGCUGUGGAGCUGGGUAAAAAAAAAGCUGGUUUCUCCCUGGUGGGAAUUGGCGGUCAGGACAUCUACGAUGGAAACGCCACACUAACUCUGGCACUGGUGUGGCAGCUGAUGAGGAGGUACACGUUAAAUGUUCUUGAAGACCUCGGAGCAGGAGAAGUUGCUGGAGAUGAUUUGAUAGUUUCAUGGGUCAACAAGACUUUGUCUGAGGCUGGCAAGAGUUCCUCUAUCAAAAGCUUUAACGACAAAUCCAUCGGUACCAGUAUGCCCGUUCUGGAGCUGAUUGAUGCCAUUCAGCCGCAGAGUGUGAACUUUGAGCUGGUUCAAACAGGAAGUCUGUCGGACGAAGACAAACUAAACAAUGCCAAAUAUGCCGUUUCCAUGGCGAGGAAAAUUGGAGCAAAAGUCUACGCGCUGCCUGAGGACCUGGUGGAGAUCAACCAGAAGAUGGUGAUGACCAUCUUCGCCUGCCUGAUGGGCAGAGGCAUGAAGAGGGCUUAAAGGAGACACACACACACACACACACACACACACACACACACACACACACAGACGUGUGAUUGGAUGAGACAUGAAGAGAGUGAACGUAGCUGUAUUGUCUUGUUCUUGCCCCCCCCUUUUUUUUUCUUCUUCUCAUUAAGCCAAAGUAGAAGUGUCACUUUAUUCAUCUAUUCUGCAUUCAACUGUUAAAAACAGAAAUGAUACAUUUGAGUAUGUGGACUAAAUGGUCCGACAGUUUGCAGUGAUGUGAGACUUCUAUAACUGCUACAUGGUAAAUAUUUGUUUUUGGGGUUUUUUUCUCUGAAUCUCAGUUUAGCUUUGAGUGAUUAACAGUGUCACAUCUAGAAUCUCUCAACUUCCAAUACUGCCCAUAGAUAUUAAUAUAAGUGAAUGUGUUUGUCUCAACUGGGUCUGCCCAGUGCAUGCUGGGAUACACUCCUGCCCGCCUGUGACCCUGAUGAGGGGUAAGCCUGUUGACAAAAUAAAUGAAUACAAGGUUUUGUUUCUUUAAUACAAAGGCUGUGAUACAUGGAACAUUUAAAGACGACGAUCACUUAUCAUCUCUCGCCCCUGCUGAGUUGAUUUCUCAUUUUUCCAUCUCCAAUUAUAAUUUACUGCUUUUACUGUGUUCACUGCAGUGACAUGUUGACAUUUCCCCAGCUGCAUUGCCUCAGCUUCCCAUGUGUCACAGCCUCAUGAUAGUUCUGCUGUAUCUUCCAAUGUGCCAGCCAAAUCACAGUAUGAGCGAUUAGUGUACUUAAGCCAUAACACGAUAUUCCAUAUUGAAUACCUUUUGGGCUCUUUUUAUAUGUGACCAAAGCUGUGCAGGAUAAUAGGCAGUUCAUGUCUUGACAUUAUAAAACCUUUCAAUUUACACAUUUACUGAUGUAAUAGAGGUAUUUUUAAUGGGAUUUUAACGGGACAAUUAUUAGAUAGAUUGAUGUAAUAAGGCAUUAAAAGCUUAAAUGUAGGUAGUUUUAUUGGAUUAUCUUUAAAAACAGACCAAAUGACAUUAAUGCCAUACCUUAAUUUGAAUCAUAACAAGCGUCUUAAUUUGUCAGUCAUGGUAAAAAUGUCAUGCUAAUGGUAAAAGUGUUUUUCUACCCCUUAAAAGUUUAAGUUAAUUCAAAUAAAAACCUAUUAAUAUACAAUACAUUUAUCAAUUAAUUGACCCAAAAUUUGUUAAUGCAGAAACCCCAUCAAAAAUCCUUUAUUAUAUUAAUGUAUCCAAUAUGAAAUGAUAUACUAUACUAUAUUAAUAGUUAAUACAGCAUUUUUUUGCACCUAAAAAUAUUUCGGGCCCCUAAUGUAAAACUAAAAGAUAACCUUAAAAACACCUAAAAGUGAUAAGUAGUUACAGCUCCCAUAUUAUAAAUAAAAGCAAAGUUUAUUUUCUUAAUUGUGGACAUCUGAAUUUUAACAUGUCAAAGCUGCUACUGCUUCCAAAUAAACUCAAUAAAUCAGAAGUAUCGGAGAAGUAUCGGACCUCCAGUCAAAUACUUUACUAUUCUUACAGGAUACUGUUCAUAUACAGAACAUAUGAAUUUGAUGAGUUGAUACAACUGAUCCAUAUUAACAAGGUCAAGGAACAUGAAUUCAGAUUGUUCUGCUGAUUAAACAGACAUGAUUGAAACGUUUCUAGUUCUGUAAUAUUUUUUGUCUUAAUGCUGCAGUUUAAUAUGUGGAUAUGUUUAAAGGUUUUCCAGGUUUGUUGCUGCUAAUUUUAACAUUCCACUAUUGUUCUGUUUGCUUUACAUGAUAGCAAUACUUACAAAACUCAGUGUGUACAGUCAGAUCCAUAAUGUUCAAUAAAAGCAUUUUUCCAUACAUUG